AUGAGCAACGACGGCAAGGAUGAAGAGAUGUUGAUGGACCAACUUGCUGCUCCAGUCCGUGCUGUUUUCGGCGUGCAAGAAGCAAAUGUGUUAUUUGAAGAGCAAUACAUUCAUGAAGCCCGUGAAACUAGGGAUGGGCACUUUAUUCGAUUAAUCGUUGUUCGACAUGUCGGAUGCCCAUCCCUACGUGAAACACACCCUUCCUCCGAGGAUGACAUCCUGGAGAUGAUGGAGUCGUUGAAGUUUCAGGCAGCUGAAGAAGAAACCGUCCAAGAGGAUACAGUGAUGCAAGAAGUUCCCCAGCUGAGUACCAACGAGAAACUGCAACACGUGAAUAUGGAACAAGCUACUGUACGCCUUACUUCGCUAAAUAACAUGAAGCAAACUACAUUGGACGCUGUAUUUUCAGCUAUGCAAUAA